CAGCACUCCUCUGCAGCUCCGGGCUGCCAGUGCCAACGAGCACUGAGAACCGUCGGGUAGUGGGCGGGAGAGCCCAGCUCCGCGUUCGGCGGCGGCGGCAGCGGCAGCGGUGACUGGAUCUGUCAGUCAAGGGCUGGAGGCGCGCUCACUGCUCGGUCUGCAAGGUAACCGGAGCAACCGGGAGCGCCGCCCUCCCCUCACACACUCCUGCUAGAUCGGCGGGUGCCGCUCCGACAAUCGGGAGCGGGGAGGGAGGAUGCCCCGGCGGUCUUGAGGGGAAAGCAAUGUAGCUACAAGUACCGACCCCGGGCAGCACCGACGUGUGGGAGUGGCACUUGGAGGAGCCCAGCAGGGCUGAACUGAUAGGCAACCUGGACCAUGGCGACUCGCAACCUCACCGACUACGAGCGUACGGAAGCUUGGCUCGAUGACAAUUCAGACUUUGCACAUUCAUACUUCGUUCGGAAGGCCACCAGGCAGUCUCAGUUGGAAGUUACUCCCUGAAAGGUUGGAGAAAAUUUGAUCUUGAAUUCCAAAAGAAAUUAGUUGACUGUUUGAAGGAGAGAAGAAAAAAAUGACGACUGGAAAAGAGCUCGGGGAAUGGACCUGACUGUAUAUAUUACAGAAGCGUUAUCUGAAGCUUGUUUUGGGGUCCAAGCAUGACAACAAGAAGUGAACACACUGGAUCAGUGUUGAUGCUCAUAGACACAUGGAUGAAUUCAGAAGAAACAGAGAGAAGUUUCUCCUGUCCUUGCGGUGCAUGUGUGUACAAAGCUAAGCAGGGAGUUAAACCCCACUCAAAAGUUACCUGAGCCGGAAGGGUUUUUAAAGAAAAAAAACUUGUGCAACUACAGAAAGUUUAAGUAAAAUAUGUACUAAAUUCAAUACAGAAUCUUUAUUCAUGUGAAUAUACUAAUGCUAUCAAUUAUUCUCACGAUCAGCGUUAACCAAGGAAAUUAUGUUUAAGGCAGCCGUACAGGAAGUGGCAUUUAUACAAAAUGAACAGCACCUCUAGCAGCCAGAACACUCCCCACCUGACAUCCAUAAAAUGUCAAACUUAACUACAGAAACUAAAGGUCAAAUGAGUAUUUUAGAUUGGAUUAUGACAAUACUCAGUCCUCGUUUAUUGUUAUUUAGAAAUGCAUGCAUGCAUUAAGAAAUGAUACAAUGUUCCUCCAGCGUGAUGUCAUAGAAAAACAGGACAAACCAAAGGCUAACACUGACAGAACCACAUAAUUAUAACAUAUAGUUACAGCAGUGCAAAGCAAUACCAUAAUUUGAUAAAGAACAGACUAGGGGCAUGGUAAAAAAAAAGUCUCAAAGUCCCAAGUCCCUGAUAGCAGGCGGCAAAGGGAGAAACUCCCUGCCAUAACCUCCGGGCACCAAUAGCUGCCGGUGCAUUGGAAGCACCCGACCACAGCCAACACUGCGUUCGUCCGUCCAAAAACUUUGAGCCUCCGAACAGCCCCUCCGAUAUAGCCUCCCGAAUGCCAUCCUCUGCCAAUUGCCUUCGACCUUGCCCCGGCCGCCAAAACAAGCAAAGCCGAGGAUUCAGGCCUUCUCCUCCAGAGAUUCUGGACCACACAGUAACAGCGGCAGCGAAGCGGGCAUUUCAGAAGUUUCUCCAUACUCUCACCUCUGUCUCCAUCAAAUCAGAUUUGUGCAUGGUCCCCUACUUGACAAAUAACAGACAUCACCACCGGAGUGGCCGUGCGUGCUGCGUCGCGCCGCCAUCUUCUCCUCCUCCUCCUUCAAUAUGUCUUUGGCAAAAGAAAGGACAGUCUCAAAGACUGGUCUUGAAACUGUCUUACUGCAUUAUUUUUAACCGUUCUUGCUUCAAAAAUGUCGGCCUUAAUGACAUACUUGUUCUUGGUUACGUCAGAUGAGCAGACUGGUGACAAGGUGCUAACCCAGAAUGAAGAUUGGGUGAGGUACCUCUGAGAUGACUGGUGUUCUCUUAAUAUGUCCUCCAAUAUUCACUGUAGCCCCUCAAAGUCAAGGAAGGGACAGAGUUUACUAGAUUUUCUUUGGAUUCAGUAAUGUUCCUGCUUUGUGAUGCACUGUAAUUUCUCUGCAUACACCUGUCUUUGAACAACAAGAAGGGUUCUAACGCUUGCCCUGUUCAGUUGCUCUGCACUGAGAAGUUACUUACAACUGUGCCAAACACUGCAAAAGCUUUCUUUGACUACUGCUACAAUCUUCUCUUUCAUAUAGGGAAAUGGUCAAUGCAUGGUUCGCAGAGAGAGUACACACUUCAAAUGAAACUGCAAGGGAUUUGAACUUAGUGCAUAAGAUGGCCCGGUCGGAGAGUGCAAUCCCAGGGACUCCUACCAGAAAAAUCUCAGCUUCCGAAUUUGACAGACCCCUCAGACCCAUUCUUGUUAAAGACUCUGAAGGGUCUUUAACGUUUGUCUUUGAUUCAGACAAGAAGGAUCAGAUGCUGUCGAAAGUCCGUAAACCUGGCUGUGAGGCCGCACCAGUCGACGACCAGUGCUCCAGACUUUUAGAGCUUGUCAGAGACAUCUCCAGCCAUUUGGAUGUCACAACACUCUGUCACAAAAUCUUUCUGCACAUUAAUGAAGUGAUCUCUGCAGACAGAUACUCACUUUUCCUCGUGCAUGAGGACAGCUCAAACGAAAAGUUUCUUGUCAGUCGGCUCUUUGAUGUUGCAGAAGGUUCCACUCCUGAAGAAGCUUCAACUAACUGUAUUCGCAUAGAAUGGAACAAAGGGAUUGUAGGGCAUGUAGCAGCUACAGGAGAGCCACUGAAUAUUAAAGAUGCAUACAAGGACCCUAGAUUCAAUGCUGAAGUUGACCAGAUCACAGGGUAUAAGACACAGAGUAUUCUCUCCAUGCCAAUAAAGAACCACAAAGGGGAGGUAGUUGGUGUUGCUCAGGCAAUCAACAAGAAAUGCGCAACUCAUGGAACGUUUACCAAAAAUGAUGAAAAGGAUUUUGCUGCCUAUUUGACGUUUUGUGGGAUUGUCCUCCACAAUGCCAAAGUGUACGAGACUUCCCGGCUUGAAAACAGACGCAAUCAGGUUCUACUUGAUCUUGCAACUCUGAUAUUUGAAGAGCAACAUUCCUUGGAAGUAAUUUUGAAGAAGAUUGCAGCAACUAUCCUUUCGUUUAUACAGGCUCAGAGCUGUACCAUAUUCAUUGUGGAUGACAAUUCUUCUGACUCAUUUUCCAGUGUCUUUCACAUGAAUUCAACAGAGCUAGAAGAUCCAGCAGAGUUCCAGAGGAGCAGGAACUACAAUAUAAAUAAAAUCAACUAUAUGUUUGCAAAAUAUGCUAAAAACACAAUGGAAACAUUGAAUAUUACAGAUCUUAGCAAGGAUAAAAGGUUCAUGUGGACAAAUGAAAAUGCAGAAAGUACAAACAAGCAAAUAAAAAGCUUGCUCUGCACCCCAAUUAAAAAUGGAAAGAAGAAUAAAGUUAUAGGUGUCUGCCAGCUGAUGAACAAAAUAGGUGAAACUUUUGACAAAAUCAAGGCCUUCAAUAAAAAUGAUGAACAAUUUCUGGAAGCAUUUGCCAUUUUUUGUGGAUUGGGCAUACAGAACACUCAAAUGUAUGAAACUGUUGAAAUGGCAAUGGCAAAACAGAUGGUGACACUUGAGGUACUUUCAUAUCAUGCAUCUGCUACUGAAAAUGAAACUGAGGAGCUUCAGGUAACAGCGGUCAAGACAGUACCUUCUGCUCAUUCACUUAAGCUUCUAGAUUUUAGCUUCAGUGAUUUUGACUUGUCUGAAGUUGAGACAAUAUUGGCUGCCAUCCGGAUGUUCACAGACCUGAACUGCUUACAGAAUUUUCAGAUGAAGUAUGAGGUUCUUUGCCAUUGGAUUUUAACUGUUAAAAAAAACUAUCGAAGACAUGUAGCAUAUCACAAUUGGAGGCAUGCAUUCAAUACCACUCAAUGUAUGUUUGCUCUGCUGAAGUCUGGCAGGAUUCAGAGCAAGUUAACAGAUCUAGAGAUUUUAGCUCUCAUCAUAGCAACACUGAGUCAUGAUCUGGACCACAGGGGAGUGAAUAAUGCUUUCAUAAAGAGGAGUGAGCACCCUUUGGCACAGCUCUACUGUCAUUCCAUGAUGGAACAUCAUCAUUUUGAUCAGUGCGUCAUGAUACUCAACACUCCAGGAAACCAAAUUCUGAGCAGCCUUUCUCUAGAUGAAUAUAAAGCUACACUGAGAAUGGUUGAGCAGGCAAUUCUAGCCACAGACCUGGCAGUCUACAUGAAGAGAAGAGAAGAAUUUUUUGAUCUGGUGAAAACUAAUCAAUUUAACUGGGAAGAUAAAAGUCAUAAAGAGCUGUUAAUGGCGAUGUUGAUGACAGCAUGUGAUGUGUCCGCAAUAACCAAACCCUGGCCCGUUCAACAAAAGACAGCUGAGCUUGUAGCAACAGAGUUUUUUCAACAAGGCGACAAGGAAAGGGAAGAGUUAAACAUCGAACCCAUUGAUUUAAUGAACAGAGAAAAACGUGAUCAGAUCCCUAGCAUGCAGGUUGGAUUCAUUGAUGCAAUCUGUAUUCAACUAUAUGAGGCUCUGGCAACAAUUUCUGAAGCUUGUCUCCCAUUGCUUGAAGGCUGCAGAAGUAACCGAAGGAACUGGGAAAUGCUAGCAGCACAAAAUCUAAUGAAUGGAGAAAAGAAAUGACAUGCAGAGAUGAGAAAGCAGAAAUUUGGUGUAAAUUUGGAGUUAGAAAGCCCUAAAAAAGAGUAGUAAAUAUUUUCAGUACUCAUUACUAGUGGGGUUAUAUCCAAUUCCACUUUGAUAAGCUGUUCUUUUAAUUUCAUUUUUAUCACGAAUACAGACCACAAAAUAACCUCCAUCUGCUGAAUGUACCUGUUGAAUGUACCUGAUAGUCAGGGAAUGAAAAGGCAAUCGUUUUUUUUCAUCUUAAAGUAGCCAACUUACAAAAUUGCCCUGAUAUUGUUCAUGUAGCAAGCAUGUUAAUAAUACUUAGUUUAUAUUUAAAUGUGGAGGUCAAACAUACAGUAAAUGCACUGAUCAAUGAUUAUUCAAAAACACCAUGAUAACCUGACACAUAUUUGCACAUUGAUUAAUCACUUUUUAUAAGUAACUCUGGCUUAUUGAAUUUCAGUUACUUAAAGUGGUUUGACUAUCAAGUUACUUCUUCACAUGCACAAAUUUUCUGUGAAGUUUUCACUGUGUACUUGAAUAUGCAAUUUUUAUUGGAUGUUCAUCUUUAGUGAAUGAAAGAAAAGCAGCAGCCUGGCCUAGAAUGUACGAUUUCCCUAGAUAAGAGCACUUUUUCUUUUUAAUUAAUUCUUUGGCUUCCAUUGAACAUAUUCACAUAUUAUUUAAAAGUACUAAGAUUAUGGUACACAAAAUUCUGUUUAUCUUUUGAUCUUGCAUGAUGGAAAAAUGACAGUCUGGUUUUAUAUAAGUAUGUUGCCACAUUUGAUGGCAUUUCCAGUGGUUUUAUUUUGGAUAGCAUGUUAACAUUUUCAAGGUAUAUAUAUUUUAAUGUUUGCUGUGGGAAUGCAAGGCUGGAGCAAAACAGCAUAACAAUUUAUUUUGCAAUUUUGUAUAUUGUAACCUGUGAGAUCGUGAAGAUGUUUUUGCUCAGUGUCUACACAAAUUGUAUUUAGUUUAGUUAUAAAUGCCAACUUAUGACAAAUGCCAAAAUAGCUGUAAUGCAAGUUAUUAAUACUGGUGCCAUGACUUUAUUCGCAAACCAGACUACUCUCAAGUGUGGUUUCCCAUUGGGAACUCAAGAUUAGUGAUCUAACCAAUUCAUUUUAUAAACUGUGUCAAUUAAUCACUUACUGUCCAUUGUAAAUCUUUAUAUACACGUUUGUAUUUGAAGUAAUUAGCUCAGUUCAAUGAUAAAAUUCACAUGAGCCCAGCCUCCUAAGGAAAUGUGAUAUUAUUGUGCAGGGUUAAAUUCCAGGCAACUUUUAAAAUUCAUUAUGGAUAGAGGCAUCUUUACUCGUCAUUUUCCAGGGCAAGUGAAAGAUCUUGUUCAGUGUCAAAACCUAGGGACAGAGAGGAAUUAAUUAAAAUAAUUAAUUUGAUACACGGAACACUCUUUCAUUUUGAAAUAUGAAGAAGAAAAUAAAAUGCAGACGUGUAUUCCAUCACACCAGCUCUCAUAAACAAAUCAGUGUGAACUACCAGAAAUAAGGAAAAGUUUCUCAGUUUAGGUAAGACACCCAGAAUAAGAAUAGGUGGAUGGUGCAAUGGUUGUUUGCAGCAGUAUGCUUGCUAUUACUUAAUAUAAUGCCUCUUUGACGUUAACCAAGAUGUAAGAUGCCUUGUGGCUUUUCCCAUUCUUAGUAGUCUGUCUUCUGUAGUAGGUAGAAAUCAUUCAAUAACGAUAUUCCUCGAAUGGUAAUACUAUAGUAUUAAGCUACCAUGUAUAUAACAUUGAAAUUAAUUUAGUUAUAAGUCAUAACCUAGAUAACUCAUGGCUACUUACAAGUGUAUGAUUUAACACAACAGUUAGUAAAUAGCAACACUAAAGAGGUUCUUUCAAUUAUGCUGAAACAGCAGUAGUGAAUAAUAUCUAUAAAUUUAAUUCACAAUUCUAAAGUAAUUCAUGGUUAAUGUUAUUCUAGAACCUUGUGACACUUUCCUCUACUGACUUGCUACUUCCAAGUCUUCCUGUAGAAUAUAGGUGAGGAAUGUCAUUUUAAAAUCAUCUUAAAUUGGUUCAUACAUUGAUUGAUCACUUUUUUAAUUCAUGAAACUUGAAGAAACAAUUAAUUCUCAAACUGUUACUAAGAGGAAGAGAACUCUUGAUUGCAGGUGCAACUCUGAAGUUAAGAUUGGCCAAAAAUGUUGGAAUGUUUCAUGAGGGCAUCCUGGUGAGAGUCUCAUAUGUGAUCAAACAGUGUGAUCAAUUUGUUGAAAAGAUUUAAAGGGGUAAUUUUAAAUAUAUUCUGCUGGGCAAAUAUUAAUUAUUUUCAUAUAUUACAUCUGUAGUACAAUAAGUUGUCGAACAGUUAUAUGGUUUCUGCAUUAAUGGGACACUGUAAGAAUGACAGUACCUGAUGAAAUUUUCCAUAACAUCAGUGGCAUCAGUGUUCAGCGUUGUAUUUCUAAGUCACAAAACUAACAAUAAAUACUGUUUAAUUUAGAUUUAGAUUAUUUGUAACUUUUGUGAAGUCUA